AUGGCCUGCAACAACCUCUGCCAACCCUGCGGACCCAGCCCGCUGGCCAACAGCUGCAACGAGCCCUGUGCCCUGCAAUGCCAGACCUCCCGUGUCAUCAUCGACCCUUCCCCUGUGAUGGUGACCUUUCCAGGACCCAUCAUGACCUCCUUCCCCCAGAGCACCGUUGUCGGAUCCACCUCCUCGGCUGCCGUGGGCACUGAACUCAGUGUGCAGGGACAGCCCAUCUCUGGUGGAUUUGGUGGCUUUGGUGGCUUUGGUGGCUUUGGCUAUGGCCGUGGAUUUGGCUACGGGUUUGGAGGCUUGGGCUGCUAUGGCAGAAGGGGCCGCUAUAACUGCUAA